AGACACAUAUGUCCUACAAGGAUAACAUAUCCUAACGUAUUCCCUAGCUAUAUAGUCCCUCAUAAGCAUUUAACUUCCCUACUUCCCUACUCUUCCUUCUUCCACCUAGUACGUGCAUCUCUUCAUCUCCUUCAUCUUAUUUUAUUCUUUUUCAUCACUAAAAAUAACCCAUAGUACUAGCAUCAUUCAUCAUUGACCCUAUCGUACUUCAACAACAAACACUAAAAUAUUUGCUCUCAUUAUAAUAUUUACAAUUUAAAAACAUAGUUCAUUUUAAGAACUAAGAAGAAGAAAAAAUGCGGAGAUUCUACGGGUUUGAGAGCUGGAUAGAUAAAGACUCAGAUAAAAUCAACGGCGAGAAAACAAAGCCAGAGAGAAAAUCAACAGAAGCAUGCAAGAGUCACAGGGAAGCUGAAAGAAGACGCAGACAGAGAAUCAACGACCAUCUCUCCACCCUUCGUUCUCUCCUCCCUAACACCGUCAAGGGCAAAUUGGUAAAUUUGGAAGUUUUCUUUUCUUGUGUACAGUCGGAUAAGGCGUCGUUGCUAGCGGAAGUCGUGCAGCAUGUGAAACGGUUACGGAAGGAAGCUGAUGACGUGGCGAACCGUUGGAAUGAUGAACCGUCUUCUUCAUGUAGUGGAGAACCGGGUUCGGUUGUUUCUGGUGAGGAAGCUGAGUUGUGGCCGUUUCCGGGAGAAUCGGACGAGGCGACGGUGGGUUGCUGCAACGGCGAGGGAGGGGAAGCUCGGAGGAUGAAAGCGACGGUGUGCUGUGAGGACCGGCCUGGACUGAACCGGGAUCUGGCACAAGUGAUCCGGUCGGUCCGGGCGAAACCGGUUCGGGCGGAGAUAAUGACGGUUGGGGGGAGGAGUAAGAGUGUUGUGGUGGUGGAGUGGGGUGAUGAUGGAAGAGAGGGGAAGGAAGUUGAAGCGUUGGAAAGGGGUUUGAAGGCGGUGAUGGAGAAUCGGACUUUUGUGGAUUCUGGAAUGGGCCCGUUGUUGUUGGGCCGUAAACGGGCCCGUGAUAGUAGUAAGGUUGAUUGUUCUUUGUUAUUGAGAAAUGAGAAUUUCUGCUGACAAUUUAUUUA